GGUCCAUUCAGUUCAUCUCUGGGUCGUUUGGCGACUGUGUGACACGGAUGAAAACAUGCGUUCCAUUUGGACUAAGAACAGCAUGGUGUAAUUUCAGACCAAUUUCUGGGAUUUCACGCCUGGGCAACUAUUGUAUCUUACUGGAGACUAUCUAAUGGAAAUGAUGUCCAAAGUGGAUGAACGGACAAAAAAACUAAUUGAGAGCACUACCUCAAAACAGUAUCGCUCCCUCUUUAUCCCGGAGAGGAAUUAUUUAUCCAAAGCUAUGCAAACACAAAAUUAGUCUUAAAUGGCUGAACUCGAAGUAUCCAAAAAUCUCAGUUUUGAGAAGGUGGAGAGAUGUAUGUGUGUGAUGCAGUCGGGGACCCAGAUGGCGAAGUUGAAGGCUGGUUCCAAGGGGCUGGUGAGACUGUUCUACCUGGACGAACAUCGCUCAUGCAUCCGAUGGAGACCCUCACGCAAGAGCGAGAGGGCCAAGAUCACCAUUGAUUCGCUGUACAAGGUGACGGAGGGCCGUCAGUCACACAUCUUCCACCGCCAUGCGGAGGACAGUUUCGACCCGGCCUGCUGUUUCACCAUUUACCAUGGCAACCACAUGGAGUCCCUAGACCUGGUGACCUCUAACCCUGAAGAGGCUCGUACCUGGGUGACAGGACUACGAUACCUGAUGGCUGGCAUCAGUGACGAGGACUCACUGGCCAAACGACAACGGACACAUGACCAGUGGAUGAAGCAGACGUUUGAGGAGGCUGAUAAGAACGGGGAUGGUCUGUUGAACAUGGAGGAGAUCUACCAGUUACUGCACAAGAUGAACGUCAACCUGCCUCGCAGGAAGGUCAAACACAUGUUCCAGGAAGCGGACUCAGACGACCAACAGGGCACGUUGACGUUUGAGGAGUUCAGCGUGUUCUAUAAGAUGAUGUCACUGCGGCGGGACCUGUAUCUGCUGCUCAUGGGAUACAGCGACAGGAAGGACCACCUGACGGCUGACGAGCUGGCCAACUUCCUGCGCAACGAACAGAAGAUGAUGAAUGUGACUACAGAAUACUGUCUGGAUGUCAUUGAUAAGUUUGAGCUUUCUGAAGAGAACAAACAGAAAGGCAUUCUGGGAAUUGAGGGUUUCACCAGUUUCAUGCGCAGCCCCACGUGUGAUGUGUUUAACCCUGAACACCAUGAGGUGAACCAGGACAUGGAUCAGCCUCUGAGUAGCUACUACAUCUCCUCGUCUCAUAACACCUACCUGACGGGAGACCAGCUGCUGUCUCACUCCAAGACAGACAUGUACGCCUGGGUACUACAGGCUGGCUGCCGCUGUGUGGAGGUGGACUGUUGGGAUGGUCCUGAUGGAGAGCCCAUGGUUCAGCACGGCUACACUCUGACCUCCAAGAUCACCUUCAAGUCUGUCAUAGAAACCAUCGACAAACACGCCUUCAUCAACAACCGGUACCCAGUGAUCCUGUCCAUAGAGAACCACUGUUGCAUCCAACAACAGAAGAAGAUAGCCCAGUACCUCAGAAAGAUAUUGGGAGACAAGCUGGACCUGGGAGAGACUUUCCACAGAGACUCUAAACAGCUACCCAGCCCCCACUGUCUACAGGGGAAGAUCCUCAUCAAGGGGAAGCGGCUCCCUCUGUACCUGUCUAUAGACGUUGAGGAGGGGGAGGUGUCAGAUGAUGACAGUGCUGACGAGAUUGAGGACGACUUUAAACUGAAGAACAGCAAUAGUAAUGGUAACCAUCAAGUAGAAAGUUACAUCAGGAAGAAGCUGGACUGUCUUUUGAAGGAGUCUCAGAUCGGAGACAAGGAGGACACAGAGAGCUUCAGUAUCAGAGCCUUGCUCAGAGCCACACACGUAGGCCUGCAGAAGAACCGAACGAAUCACAAAGAGGGACUUAAAAAAUCCCAAAGUCGAUCCUUCAUCAGCAACCUAAAGCAGAAGAGACACUCCAAGUCCAGGCUGAAGUCCCAGAGUAUGGAUGGAGAGCAGGAAGGACAGGAGACCUCUGGGAGAGAGGCGGGAGGACAUAUCACCAGGGGAGAGGGAAAGAGGAAGACGAUUAAGCUGAGUAGAGAUCUGUCAGACCUGGUGGUGUUCACUAACUCUGUGGCCUCUCCGGAGGGACUGGACGCCUGUACUCCGGGGAAUGUUCUGUCGUUCAGUGAGACUCGUGCCCAGCAGCUAGUGAACCACAGAGCUGAGCGCUUCCUGUGUUUCAACCAGCGACAGCUGUCUAGAAUCUACCCCUCAGCCUACCGUAUAGACUCGUCCAACUUCAACCCUCAGCUCUACUGGAAUGUGGGCUGUCAGCUGGUGGCUCUGAACUACCAGACAGAGGGUCGGAUGAUGCAACUGAACAGAGCCAAGUUCAUGGUGAACGGUGGCUGUGGCUACGCCCUCAAACCUCCACCCAUGUGUAAAGGCUCGUUCAACCCGUUCUGUGAUGACCCCCUCCCUGCCUAUCCCAACAAACAGCUGGUACUGAAGAUCAUCAGUGGCCAGCAGCUUCCCAAACCACCAGACUCUAUGCUGGGGGACCGAGGAGAGAUCAUUGACCCGUUUGUAGAGGUGGAGAUCAUCGGCCUGCCAGUGGACUGCUGCAAGGGGCAGACACGAGUAGUGGACGACAACGGUUUUAACCCCGUGUGGGAGGAGAACCUGUCCUUUACCCUCCACAUGGCGGAGGUGGCUCUGGUGCGUUUCCUCGUCUGGGACCACGACCCCAUUGGACGGGACUUUGUAGGCCAGAGGACCGUAGCCUUCGGCAGCCUGAUGCCAGGUUAUAGACAUGUGUACUUGGAGGGGUUGACUGAGGCGUCCAUCUUUAUCCACGUAUCAGUUCAUGACAUCUAUGGGAAGGGUCGUCAGCUGCGAGGCAUCAGAGGCUUGUUCAACAGGUCCUCUAAGUCGUCAGUAGACACCAGCUGUGGUUCGGCCCACAGGAAACGCUCCAUCAGCAACCUCCUCCUCCGACGCACAGCCAGCGCCCCCACCAACCGACGCAAGAAAUCCAAGAUGAAGCUCGCUGAGUCCUCCACCUCCAUAUCUGACGGCAAGGCCUCCAUAUCAGACGGCAAGGACAGAGUGGGGGCCGGGGAAGGGUCUGGGAGGGUCUGGGAGGGGUCCAAGGACAGUGAAAGGGACAGAGAGAGGGUAGUGGUGGAGAGGAGCCCCCCACCUCACGCCCCCGUCUCCCACAGACCCAUCUCCAUGCCUCUGGAGAGGCUACUGCAGGGACAGCUCUCCCUCUGCUCCCCUGACCAGAAGCAGACUGACCUGGGUGCAGACACACUCAUCGGAACAUCCCACGUUGAUCGGCCCAGGUCUCACUCUGUGGAACUCCUCAUCGAAUCAUCCGCCUCCCUUGAACACAGUGUGUCCACCCCUUCCACCAAUCACAACAACACGCGGGAUAGGACCACAGAGCUUGACCAAUUAGACGAGACCUCCUACCUGGUCAUUGGCCAAGGAGUAGGAAUUGUAGAUGGUGACUCCAGAGAGCAAUUAAAGGACAGAGUCAACCCACCCAUCAAAGCUGAGGGCAUUUCCUCUCGCCAAAGGACGUUGUGUUACCUAAGCAGGUCAACAAAGACAGAGAGCAACUGCUUACACGUACCUACUGAGAGCAGACCAGAGACAACAUUACAUAGUACAACAAACACGCCAGCACCUUCCUCCUCUUCUUCUUCCUCUGUCCCCUCUUCCUCUGUGCCCCCCCUCUCCCCACUCAACGUGGACCGGUCCGAUCUUCAGAGCCCCGUCUCCCGGCAGGACAGCACCAUCUCGCGACUCAUUGAUGCCGUAUCCCUCGGCAACGACACCAGCUGCGGCUCGAUCUCCGCUCUGAUUGGCCAGUUUGACCUCACCGCUGACCAGAAUGACCUCACAACGAACUCUGACCCCCACGUCCUCAGUGUCAUGUCCUGUCUGUUCCAUCCCACUGUCCAGGACUCCAGCACACCCUAUAAGGUCACCGUGGACUGUACCACCCCAUAUAAAGACCCACAGACCACCACCUCCCCCCGCAAGGCAACGAACGGACCUAUCACUCCUCGAAAGGCAAGCUUGACCCCUAACCAAGCAAACCACAACCUACUCCCACCCCACCCCAAGACCUCCCACGCAGACCCCCCUGCCCCCCUUCUCUUCUCCAGUCCUGAGACCACAGAGCUGGAGGAGGUCUAUACCAUCCUAGAUGAGGAGGUCUUGUCUCCAGUCUCUGUCUACAACCUGAGGGAGCAGACUGUAGGCAACAUCCAGGCUGACUCUGAGGAGAGCACACCCAUGGGCAGCCUGGAGCCAUCCCCAACCAAGGUGCCUCCUCGCCUGGGGGCAGAGGACAGCUGGGUGGGCUCACGUAGGGGUGUAGUGGAAGUGGAGGAGCCAGGACAGGGCUAUGGGGGUGUCAGUGAUCCUACAGAGCUGGGGUCAGGGGGGGAGUGGGGGUCGUCAUGGGGUUACAGGUGCCCAUCUGUCAACAGCACAGUGUCUGACCGGUUGCUGUUGUGCCAGGACUCAGCAGCAAGUCAUCUGAUGGAGGUGGAGAUUAACGUGGACGAGGAUCCACUGGAGAUUACCCUCACCUUACCGAGACACAACUGCACAUGGGUCGCUACCAGCCCAACCAAACAAUACGCUGCUCCCCAAAGCCAGUUUAACCAACUAAUCCCCUCUCACCGGUACGAACCCCAACUCUCCCAGUGUCCUUCCCCCCUCGUACAAUCCUCACACCAGCCCUCCCCUCGCAACACCCCAUCAAUAACCCCUCAAACCCAGCCCCCCCUCUUUGAAAGGCCCCCCAACCCCAGCACCCUCCGCCUGAACAGCCACCCCUCCACCCACAGCAGGGCUGAGCUCUCCUUUGAGAACAGCAGAGACAUUACCAGAGCCUACACCCAGCAGCACAGCUACAGUGGACCCAACCAGGCCCAGACCAGGGGCUACCAGGGUGGGCACACCCAGGCCCAGACCAGGGGCGACCAGGGUGGGCACACACAGCCACAGACCAGGGGCUACCAGGGUGGGCACACCCAGCCACAGACCAGGGGCUACCAGGGUGGGCACACCCAGCCACAGACCAGGGGCUACCAGGGUGGGCACACCCAGCUACAGACCAGGGGCUACCAGGAUGGGCACACCCAGGACCAGACCAGGGGCUACCAGGAUGGGCACACCCAGGACCAGACCAGGGGCUACCAGGAUGGGCACACCCAGGACCACACCAGGGGCUACCAGGAUGGGCACACCCAGGACCAGACCAGGGGCUACCAGGAUGGGCACACCCAGGACCAGACCAGGGGCUACCAGGAUAGGCACACCCAGGACCAGACCAGGGGCUACCAGGAUGGGCACACCCAGGACCAGACCAGGGGCUACCAGGGUGGGCACACCCAGGACCAGACCAGGGGCUACCAGGAUGGGCACACCCAGGACCAGACCAGGGGCUACCAGGAUGGGCACACCCAGCUACAGACCAGGGGCUACCAGGAUGGGCACACCCAGGACCAGACCAGGGGCUACCAGGAUGGGCACACCCAGGACCAGACCAGGGGCUACCAGGGUGGGACAGGGGAGGGUCAGGAUCAGGGUGAAGCAUCAACCUGCUUCCAGAAUGGGUUGUCCUCCUCUGAGUGUCUGACUGGUCUGUCUAAUAUGUCUGGUUCAAGGUAUGUUAGCUUCCCAAGAGACCGAGGCCUGUACUCCCCUAUCUCAGACUGUGAUGUGGCCUACAGCCAUCUAGACUACAACUGCUUCAGGCCCUACGUUGCCUCGGCAUCCCCCUACACCCAUCUACAACCCCAACCCCAAUCACAUACCCAACCCCGACCCCAAUCACACACCCAGGCCCAGCUCCAGUUCCAACCCCGUUCUGGCCCCCCUCCGCUGCCCCUCUCGGGCCCCACCCUUGCCCCUCCUCUACCUAUCCCCAGACCACCCACAGCCCCCAGCCACAGCAAGUCCAAGUCUCUAGGUGACCUGACAUCUGAGGACAUCUCCUGCAACUUCCACAGCAAGUACAACAUCAUCAGCCGCAGCUUCAUCACCCCCUGUAUGAAGGAGUGGAGGAGGAAGGGCCCUGGGGGUCUGUCCCAACGGCUGCAGUCUGCAGACCCCCUCACUGAGCAGCUCCGCAGACUAGUCACCCUGGAGGGGGAUGACAGAGACCGGGACAGACUCCAGUCUCCCCAGCUGCCCCAGUUACCUCAGUCAACCCUCAAACCCUUCAUUCCCCCAACACGCCCCUGCCCCCCCUCAAACUUUGUCCCUGACGCCCAGGAGGACUCCCCCCCGCUCCUCUCCCGCCGCCUUUCCUCUCGGAGCCAGAGCCGUGUGCGUCACAUCAACAAUCGCGCUCGAGAGAGGCAGCAGGAGGCUCUGAAGUCCCGGGACAUGAGCGCCCCCUCCAGCGUGGGAGGGGUAGUGCUGCGUACUAAAGUAGCAGCAGGUCAGAACCCCCCAGCUAACAGACACUCCACAGGCUCUUACAUAGCGGGCUACCUGGACCAGCUGGAGGACAGAGGGCUGCCUGAGGGGGCGUGCACCACACUGGGGUACGGAUACGGAGAUCACUAUGGUGAUCAUUAUUAUGAUGACUCUCUGCUGCCCACAGACUCCUGUAUAAGAUCAGAACCAGAAGUCUACUUCCUGCUCAGACUCUGAACCCACUUCCUGGUUAUCAGGAAUGAUGCAUAAUGUACUUCCAGAACACAGAAAAUCAGCUUCCUGCUUAUAACCGAGAAAAAAAUUAAAUAUAUAUCCUGCUUGGUCUGUCCAGUAAUGCAGGUAUAAAGUUAACUACCUGAUUGGGUCUGACAUUUUGUCUGUAAAUGUAAAAAUGUCCUGAUCAGAAUGUUCUGUAAAUGUAAUUUGGAACAGACUGUAAACCACUUCCUACUUGGAUUGUACCUGUUUCCUGUCCUGCCUGUUCCUGUAAUUCUACUUCCUGUUCAAGCUAACUCCACCUACAAUGAAGCAAAAAAAUUGGAAACUUUCCAAAUGUGUUUUACUCUGAAAGGGAAGUGUUGUCUUGGUGUUUGUACAUUUUAAAUAUGUAUUGGUAUUAUCAGAGGCCCGCUGGGCACAGACGUCAACUCAUCGUCUCUUCCACGUUGGUUCAACGUCAUUUAGUUGAAAUGACGUGUACACAACGUUGGUUCAACAUCAUUUAGUUGAAAUGACGUGUACACAACGUUGGUUCAACGUCAUUUAGUUGAAAUGACGUGUACACAACGUUGAUUCAACGUCAUUUAGUUGAAAUGACGUGUAAACAACGUUGAUUCAACAUCAUUUAGUUGAAAUGACGUGUACACAACGUUGAUUCAACAUCAUUUAGUUGAAAUGACGUGUACACAACGUUGAUUCAACAUCAUUUAGUUGAAAUGACGUGUACACAACGUUGGUUCAACAUCAUUUAGUUGAAAUGACGUGUACACAACGUUGGUUCAACGUCAUUUAGUUGUAAUGACGUGUACACAACGUUGGUUCAACAUCAUUUAGUUGAAAUGACGUGUACACAACGUUGGUUCAACGUCAUUUAGUUGAAAUGACGUGUACACAACGUUGGUUCAACAUCAUUUAGUUGAAAUGACGUGUAAACAACGUUGAUUCAACAUCAUUUAGUUGAAAUGACGUGUACACAACGUUGAUUCAACGUCAUUUAGUUGUAAUGACGUGUACACAACGUUGGUUCAACAUCAUUUAGUUGAAAUGACGUGUACACAACGUUGAUUCAACGUCAUUUAGUUGAAAUGACGUGUACACAACGUUGAUUCAACAUCAUUUAGUUGAAAUGACGUGUACACAACGUCGAUUCAACCAGUGUGAGGCACUUUUAAGGAGUGUGAUCUGUUUUCAUCAGAGAGCUUCCUCAAGUCUUCCUUUCUCCUCUCAGUGUGUUGUUUGUAAAUAUUCUACGGUACAUUCGUUUUUUAAUGGACGGUGGUGUUAGUUAGUUGACGGUACAGCUGUUUUCUGCAUGUUGAACGUGGACAUGUCCAGCAUGACUAUGCAUCGAUCUGUAGACAUUACAGUGCACUACUGUCUUUGUACAGAACAAGUAAUAGUGGGAUUGGAUGAAAUACAAUACAUAGACAGUACAAUACAGUACAUAGACAGUACAAUACAGUACAAUACAGUACAUAGACAGUACAAUACAGUUCAUAGACAGUACAUUACAGUACAUAGACAUUACAAUACAGUACAUAGACAGUAAAAUACAGUAUGUAGACAGUACAUAUACAUUACAAUACAGUACAAUACGGAACAUAGACAGUAAAAUAUAGUACAUAGACAGUACAAUAAGUACAAUGCAGUACAUAGACUGUACAAUACAAUACAUAAUUAGUACAAUACAGUACAUAGACUUGCUUGCUCGGGACUUCUCGCGUUCUACGAUUUUAAACACUAUCACAUACUUUUUUGAGUUUAAAUGUUGUUUUUUUUUUUUUUAUAAUUACUUUAAAUACAGACUGCAACUAAAAGAAAGAAGGGAAAAAAUCAUGUUGGGUUUGUUAUUAUUAUUAUGACAUUUCUUCUGUCAGUCAAAUGUUUCCCAAGAACAGAAACACAGUGGAUGAGGCCUUUGGGCUGAAUCAGGCUGCGUGAUUUAUUCUUCUUUUCAGUGUUAAACACAUCUGUUUUCUUUCUUAUGGUCCCUCAGAUGAUUCAUAUGAGCAUUUUCCUACCGAUGGAAUAAAAUUCAGAAACUUUUUUACACGGCAA